AUGAGCCCAGGCCUGUCUCCCUACCCCUCAUCUGGCAUUUUCUGUUCCCUUUUCUUCUGGGCAUGUCCGCCGUCUAUUGAGGAGCCACAUCAGGCCAUGCCUGAGGUGCUGCUUACUCAGGGUAGAGUUCCAGGACAAGAUGAUUUCCCUGCCCCUGGAGACCCUCUUAGUGGGUUGAGUGUUCCUGUCCGGUGGGCUUCGAGAGAAAAUCUACUCCAGGGGGAUCCCAUUGAUGAUCCUCAACUAUUUUUUGCUCUCUAUGACUUCCUUGCUGCUGGAAAUAAUCAGCUCAGUCUCAAGAAAGAAUCUGAGCGCCAGAUGGCUGCAAUUGGGUCCACUCCAUCCACUCGUUCCUCUCCAUCACCAUCACCUGUUCCAGCUCUGCCUCAGACUGUGCCCUCUGGUCCAUCACUGGUGUCCUUCAAAGGACGUAGCAUGGGAGGUGGAGGUGGAGUUUCAUCUCAGUCUUCUCAAGUUAUUCAAAUGCGCAAAGUCUCUUCAAAUGCUGCACAAAGUACAACUUCUUCCAAGAAGGUGAAGCAAGCUCCUGUUCCUCCCAAACGAACUAGCUCCUUUCGUGAUAGCAGUGUGAUAGAUGGGGAUUCAACUGGAGAACCUGAGGGCAGUAUGGAGCAGUCAUGGGAUACAACUUCUCCGUCUCCACCAUCACUCGUGCAACAACUGCCUUUGGAAGAACCUUCUCAGGCUAAUCACUUGGCCAAAUAUAAGAGAGGACCUGCCUUGGGAAAUCGAGGAAUGGAUCGCAGGGUUCAGGAGCAAAAACCCAAGAAGGCCAAGACAUUUCCUCCCAAAGAAGAGCAUAGGAAUGAUGUUCAUCCCACCAAAGAUGCACCCAUUUCUGCAAAGAAAUCUGCUCCAGUGCAAGUGGCAGCUCUGGAAGUGCAGAAUGUUCGUCGGGCCAUCAAUCGGUAUGGGACGUUGCCAAAGAAUGCUCGAAUUGGAGCUUAUUUAGAGAGUCUUAGACAGAGUGGCCUGCAUAAUGGACCUGGUUUAGGAGAAGAACGUCUAUUUGAUGAGGGUGAAGAACAUGUCUCUAGUAAUGCUAUUUUGAAUGAUGACACUGGAUCCCUGACUGAAGAGAAGAUCCGUGCCAAGGAACUUCUCAAUAUGAAGACACAGGCUGCUUCCAUGAUUCGUAGCAACUCUUCAACUACAGGGUUUCCCUUGAAAGACACUCAGAAUGUAUGCUCCCCAAAGCAGUACUCACUGUCAAGACCAAACCCUCCAAAACCAGUGAAGCCUCAGCAGGUGUCUCCAGCAUCACUGGAGUUCCCCCCUCCUCCUGCUGAGCUCCCACCACCCCAAGAUGAAGAAAUUCAGACUCGGCCAAUCCCAUCUCCCCGCUCAUUCAGGAAACCUGUUGUAUCGCCUCUGAAAUCAUCUGCCAAAUCAUCACCAGAAGAUGCUGCUAGUGAAGUCAGAGACAGAGAGGCUGACAAGGACAUAACAGUGGCUGGUGCAUCUAGAUUUGGAGUUAGUCUUCGCAGUCGAGGUACAGAUAUUCAGCAGCAACAAGAUGCAUCUAUUGAUUCUUGUGAUAGUGCAGUUGGUGUUUUUAAAGCAAGACGAUCAAGUAGCUCUGAUGUGAGGCCUGAUACUCAGCAGAAAAAUGUGGAAAGUGGGCCUAUGCACCAGGCCUUCAGUGCAAGUUCAGACUCACUGAGUACAGAAGAACGCUUGAGUUCUUCCAAAGAAGAUUUAGAAGAACCAAGACGCCCCAUUCUCACUGCUCUAUCAACCAAAAACCAGCUGGAAUUGAGACUUGUGUCUGAAAUCAAGGAGAAGGUCAGUCAGAAGAAUCUUUCUAUGACUGCAAGUGAACACAUGAAGCCUGAAACUGCAUCCAGAAGUAAAGGAGUUACCAGUGAGGAACCUCACACCAAUGCAAGAAAAAAUUUCCCUGAACAAAGAAAUAAGGUAAUAUCAAAUAAUGUCAAGGAAGAACCCAACAGAGCAAGUGCAAAACCAACACAACUGUGGAAGUCAAGGCUUCCCCAACCUAAGAGUGGAGAGCCAGAAUUUACCAAGAUCUCCCUUCGUAGAGUUGAUGAUAAGAUUCCAAAGGGUAUGAAUGUAUAUGCAAGGCCAGAGAUCAGUAGUGACAAAGCACAAAAUGGAGAGGAUGGGCUUUAUGAGAAGCCUCAGGUGUUGAAGAGGUUCAGUAUGUUGAAGCAAAAGAAUGAAGAAGAACAGGACAACAGUAAACCUGCAGAAAAAGAUGAAUCCCAGGGAGAAGAGAAAGUGGCAACAGAAGAUAGGAGGGUGAGCACUGGUAGCAUCAACAGUUUGAGAAAACUCUGGGAGAAGCCAGUUACCAGAAGUGAUAGUGAGUCCAAAGGAAAGAAACCAUCUAUGACUCAAGAUCCACUUGGUGAGAAGCCAUCUGUGCCAACUAAACCGAGCAUCAAACCAGCUAAACCAUCAGUGAGUCCCAUGCAGCUUCAUUCAACCAAGACUCCUCCAGUUGUGAAACGUCCCAUGCCUGAGCAUGGGGAGAGUAAAAAAGCUGAUCGAGAUUCCAUCUUAGAACUCUUUGAACUUUUGGAAAAAACCCUAGUUCCUCUCAAAGGAGGAGGCAAGCUGCCCUCUGCUUCUCUCAUGCCAUCUAUGUGCAUUCAGCUUUCAGACAAGAUUAGCCUCUUUCACUCCAGUUGCUCUUCAUAUGCCGAUCAAAUCUCUCCACAUAGCCGCUUUCACUUCAGGGAACUCCUCUCCAAAUUGGAGAACCAAGCUCAACUUCUUCGCUCAGCAGCCAACAAGAACUGUGCCGAUAACAGUAGAAUUUGUUCUGAAAUACUCAAUACCCUCAAAGACCUCGUAAAUGCUGUCCAGAGGUAG